CAACAAUUUUGGAAAACAAAAUUUCCAUUUUUGUUCUUAGUUCCUUUCAAUCAGUUCCUGCCACAGCUGUGGUGUCGCUGAAAAUGAAUGCAAGUUGGUUCUAAUUACCAAUAACCAUCCAUUCAAAAUCCAAAUUCGUCCACUUCAGUUCACAAAUUUCAAUCUUGAUUUGUUUUUUUUAUUCAAUUUAGUUCUACUUUGUAUAGUCUAUAGGCUUUUUCAGUUCAAUUAAUUGAUGUAUUUUCCACGUUCGUCUCAUGUCCUUUCAACCACCAUUUCUAAUCUAAUUUCUCUGCUCUUUUUUUUGGUAUUUUCCUUUUUCUAAUAUAAUUCUUUGGUUCUUGAUUUCUCAUUGUUCUUUUCAUUCAUUCAAAGUCCUUUUUUUGUAAUUAUUUUUGGGUUCCUCAAUGCUUAAUUUUUGUUCAGACAACAAAAAAUUUUGUUUGUUUCUUUUAAGGUUGAUUUGGGUGGAGACAUAUUGGUCUCAUUAGAGUCUAAAUUAAAAAAAAAAAAAUUUGGAUACUGUUUUCAAUAAUCGAGAUUUAUUUAUGUGCUAUAUAGGUGUUUGUAAGAAUACUGAAACUGACCUUUUUUUUUUUUUUUUUGGCUGAAUUUCAACUGAAAUUUGCUUAUUUAUAGAGUAACAAUAAUAUAAUUUUCUCUACUGAAGGAGGUCAAUAAUGGUGACAUCUGUUCCAAAUAAAGUGGGAAACUAUAGUAGCACUGGCAAUGGUGUGCAUAAGCUGUUUUUUGACGACAUAACUAAUUUUCUGAGGAGAUGUUUAUUUCGUGUCCUGUCUGUUGGUCCUAUCCCCACUCACCUUGCUUUCAUCAUGGAUGGAAAUCGAGGGUAUGCAAAGAAGCAGAAUCUGAAAGAAGGAGAAGGCCACAAAGCUGGCUAUCUGGCUUUAAUGUCUCUGCUUCGUUACUGCUAUGAACUAGGAAUCAAGUAUGUUACUAUAUACGCUUUCAGCAUUGAGAAUUUUAAGAGGCGACCCGAUGAGGUUCAAAGCUUGAUGGAUCUGAUGCUAGAGAAGAUGGAGGUUUUGCUUAUGGAAGAAAGCAUUGUGAAUCAGUAUGGUAUCAGGGUGUGUUUCAUUGGUAAUUUGAGACUCUUGAGUGAGCCUGUCAGGGUUGCAGCGGAAAAGGUAAUGAAGGUCACAUCUAACAACAGUAAGGCCAUGCUUUUAGUCUGCGUGGCCUAUACUGCAUCCAAUGAAAUCGUGCAUGCUGUGGAAGGAUCCUGUAAAGAAAAAGGAAAGGAGUUUCGACUGUGCAAUUUGAACAAUGAAGCGAUGGAUGAUGUUAAAGAGGGUGAGAAGAUUAAUGGUAUGGUUGUGCAUGAUAUUCAAGACUUUUACGAGGAUACAUCAGUCGAAUUUCAAGGAUUAAAGCAGGGUAAAGGUUGCAAUGGGGCACCAUAUCAUGCCUGUGAAUCUUUUGAGUCUAACUGGGACCAAGUUCUAACUUCCAAGGCAAGUAAAAGUGGUGAAUUUUCUGAAGGUUGUCGAAAUUUGAGACAGGAGGAUCCUGUGAUAAAACUGGUAGAUAUUCAGAAACACAUGUAUAUGGCAGUUGCACCUGAUCCCGACAUGCUAAUUCGAAGCUCUGGUGAGAGCCGCUUAAGCAAUUUUCUACUUUGGCAAACUUGUAACUGCCAAUUGUAUUCUCCUGCAGCAUUGUGGCCUGAGAUAGGUUUGUCACAACUGGUGUGGGCGAUAUUAAAAUUCCAACAAUCCCAUUCCUAUCUGGAGAAAAAGAAGAAGCAGUUAUAGCACUUAUCAUGCUAACGCAAAUUUGUAUUUGCUAGUAUAAUUUAUUGUCAUAUUACCUUGCCCUUAACAUUCAAGGCAGAUGAAGAAACCGAAUUCGCCAACCUUAAUACACAAGGCAGUCCACUUUUAGUUGCAGAAAGAUUUGGUUUAGGACUGCCUAUUUUCUUAUAUUUGUUGACAUGAGAGUCUUGUCGAGUAAUGUGAUUCUCUUGGUUCACAAA